AUGUCCCCCAAGCCUUUCGUCGGUGGUAACUGGAAAUCUAACGGCAGCGUUGAGUCCAUCAAGAAGCUUGCCCCUGCCCUUGUUGCUGGUGAGGCCACUUAUAACAAGGAUGCUGUUGAUGUUGUCAUUGCCCCUACUGCCAUUCACCUCCCUUUGGCCAUGGAGCAGUUCAAGGGCUCUAACAUCCAGAUCUCUGCUCAGAACUGCAGUAAGACUGGUCCUGGUGCCUACACUGGUGAGAUUACUGCUGAGAUGAUCAAGGACGCCGGUCUUAACUGGACCAUCCUUGGCCAUUCCGAGAGGCGUCAUCUCUUCAACGAGACCAAACAGGAUUCUCCCCCCCAAGGUUGCCAAGGCUGA